AUGGUCGAUUGUAUUUUAGAGAAACUUCCGAUAAAAUCAUUGCUCAGGUUCAAAUCUGUUUCAAAACAAUGGAAAUCUACGAUCGAAUCUCCAUAUUUCAAGAAAAGACAUUUGAUAAGUCGGCAAUCACAAGAUCCAGAUGUCCUUAUCACCAAUCCCCUUGAAUCUGAGCUUAGUUAUGACGAAUGGAAGCGUCAAGAAUAUCCCAAUACUCGUAUAGUUCACGAAAAUGUAAUGAGGAUAUUCACGAUGGGUUCGUCGGAGUUGAUUAAACUUCCUAAUAUUGGUCCUCCGCUUAAACCAGUUUAUUUGAAUAACAGUCCGGACGACCCGGCUUAUAGUGUCAUCCAAUAUUCAGUAUGUGACGGUAUGAUAAGCUAUUACAAUGAAUACAGCUGUAUUUAUGUGGUCAAUCCGAUUACUGGAUGGUGUCGAAAAAUUCCUCAAGCGAGGUACCAAGCAUUUGCUCUCGACGUGUACAAUAGAGAUGGUGGGAAGGGGGAAGAGGGUUUCUCAUUUUGGUUGCUAGGAUUUGGAAAAGACAAAUUCACCGACACAUACAAGUUGGUUUGGCUGUAUAAUUCAUUGGAGUUAGGUCUAAAAAACUCUACGACAACUUGUGAAGUUUUUGAUUUUAGCACCAACACUUGGAGCUAUGUAACAGCUGCUCCUCGCCGUGUGAUUGACUUCCAGAUUCCAGUAUACCUAGAUGGAUCGCUUCACUGGUUCACUGACGAACCUACCGGGGAAAAUCCAAGAGUGUUAUCUUUCGAUCUUGCUACAGAAACUUUUCACAUAAUCUCAAAAGCUCCGUUUGUCAACAAAACUCACAAUAAAAUCAUCAUGUGUGGCCUGGAUAAUCAGCUGUGCGUAUCGCAAAAGGAGUGGCCAAGACAGGAGAUAUGGUCCUUAAACAAUUCAGACAUGACAUGGGAGAAAAUGUUUUCGUUAGAUCUACAAACUGAUUCUCAUUUGUUCGCUGAAAAUUUCCAGUUUGGCGGGUUCAUCCCACAUACCAUUAUGAGCGUCCUUCCUGUCGCGGUUUUGAAGAAGACGAAAGCACUAGUGCUUUAUGAAGCGCGUGCACCAAAUCCCAAUCUUACGAUAUAUGAUCCUGAAUCAGGAUCUUAUGAUAUAUGUUUCCCGCGUGAUUACCGAGUUUGGCACCAAGCAAUCGCUCUACCUUUUUUCCCAAGCAUGAUUUCAAUUGAUAACUAG